AUGUCCCUGUGCAGGAUUGGAGUAAGGCGCGCAGAGUAUGACGAAUUCGAUCUUGAAAUUUUAUAUAUAGAUGGGCCUCAUAUUGUUGUUUCAUCAGAUGUUCUCCACAAGGAUCAACAUGGGGACCUUGACUCCAUGGGUUAUCCUAAGCCACCAGUAUCUAUGUCGGAUGGCAACAUGGUUUUGGUUAAUACUUUUGAAGAAAUUUUUGGGGACACAUGUGGUGAAGGUGUCUGGAGUGAACUUAGUGAAACAGUUUCUUCCAACAUACAAGACAAUGUGGUUGCCCUUGCUUCAUUCAGUGGUGAUUUUACAGAGCACUGUUUACCUGUUUUCGCAUGUACGGGGUUUUUCAUUGAUUGGAAUGGAUGUGCAACUAUUCUGACUUCAGCGAGCUUGGUUAGACAGCCUGGGUCUAUAGACAGGAUUAAUGAAAACUUGAGGAUCGAAGUAUUGCUGCCAAAUAAGCAGCGCAGAGUAGGGACAUUACAGCACUAUAAUUUGUAUUACAAUAUUGCUCUAGUCAAUGUCAAGGAUUUCCAUGCUCCUCAUCCAGCAAAUAUUCAACAUCGUCAGCACAAUUAUUCUUGUGAUUUAGUAGCUGUGGGGCUUUGCUUCAAAGACAACAGACUAAUGGCCACAAAAGGGAAACUUGGGAUUACACCGCCCAGGCUUGAUUGCCGAUUUCUUGAAUGCUCCACAUGUAAAAUCACUAAGGUUGGCAUUGGAGGGCCCCUUGUUCAGUUUGAUGGGAAAUUUAUUGGCAUGAACUUCUAUGACAAGAAAUUCGGAACUCCCUAUGUAUCAGAUACUGUGAUUUGCAAGGUCCUGGAACAGUUUAACACCGAAGGAAGCAUUGCGCAAUCUGGCCAUGCCGGCAAUCAUGGGAAGCUUGUUGACACAAAGAUAAUUGGAGAAGACUAUGAUUUGCCUUGCAGUUGGUACGUGCCCAAGCCGUAUUGGUGUGAUCCUGACGUUGUGGAUAAGUCUGAAGCUGGAACCGGAUACCGUAUCGGAUGCGACACGCUGCGCAUGGACACGCACACGACGGCGAACAGCCCCGCCAGCGGCGGGCACGGCGCGUCCGCAGACCACGCCACCGCGCCCACCGCCAGCGUCAUUCCCAGGCUGCUGAACAGGCUCCGGCGCCGCGCCACCGCCUUCGACAGCGCCAGCACCGACGCGGGGCCGUUCUCCGGGCGCCUGCUUGUCGUGCCACAUGGACUUGCCCUUGUGCUCGUUCAGCCGCAUGUUGUCCUGCCGCCUCCGCUUCCGUUCCCAGCAGAGGAGAUGCUGCUCGUCUGCACCGGCAAGGGUGACAUGGAAGGCUUCUACACCACCGCGCUCUGGAUGCACCACAACCACCCGUGCAUGCUCACGCCCAACCUCCCCAAUUGGUGCCCCACGCCAGGCGGGUCAUUGGACAAGCAAGGCGGCAUUACUAUGUGA